AUCGGGGCGGUUCAUCCAAUCGGAAGCGAGCACAGAAUGACGUUGGCGAUGUAAACAAACAGAGGCAGCGCGGCCAUUACACUCGGAGAAGAGUUGGAGACUGAGUUGACCGUUUGACUCCUCUUCCGUCGAAGAAAUCAGCUUGUCAGGGUCGUACACCGGACUGCAGCGAUCGAGGCCGACUGUAUCGCCUGUCUGUGUGAGAGAGGAGUGAAAUGAAAGACCCGAGUCUCAGCAACGUCUCAGCCCCGAACAUGACGAUCAGCAACGAGGUGAUCCUGAGCAGCCAGUUCAGCUCCGACGACAACCCGUUCGCCGAGUACAUGUGGAUGGAGAACGAGGAGGAGUUCAACAGGCAGGUGGAGGAGGAGCUGUGGGAGGAGGAGUUUAUCGAGCGCUGUUUCCAGGAGAUGUUGGAGGAGGAGGAGCAGUGGGAGUGGUUCAUCCCAUCCAGAGACCUCCCCUCUCAGACUGUCAGUCAGCUGCAGGAGCAGAUCAGCCUGCUGGUCCUGGACGCAGACGUCCACGCAGACGCAGACUUGGAGGUCGUGAUGAACAGCAGCCUGAACCCCAACGCCAAGGAGUUCACCCCGGGCAUCCAGAAACACAUCAUGUGACCCCGCCGAGCCCGCCCCACCUCCCGCCGCCCCGCUCCAGUCCGCACUGUGACAUCAUCAACAAGAUGUCUGCCGUAUUUUUCAGUCGCCACUCGACCUUCAGCCUGACGUGUUGCCAAAGUUCUGCACUCGCCUCGCAUGUGUUCAAGUUCAGAGUCUGUUACUGUUAGUUACUGCAACCCUCCACCUGUCUGUCUGUAUGAACGUCUGUCUCUACCUGUCUGUCUGUCUGACUGAACGACUGUCUCUCUCUCCGUCUGUGGUAACUCUCUGAAUGUAGGUCAGCUGAGCGGAGGUUUGUGUUGUGUUUGUGUUGAUUCAGAACAAACUGGUUUCUGUUAGAAUCAGCUCUGAUGUUUCACUCUCACAUUCUUUUAUUUUGCACUUUGAUAAAAACCUAAAAACAAACUCUUCACGUUUUUAUUUCAGCUGUUUUUAGAAUCAGUCGCUUUCAGCAUUUUCUCCUGUUAUAAAGCACCUUUCAGCUCGUGGUUUGGUUUUACUGUGUUAGUUUAGACCCAGUGAUCCAGUUAAGACCCAGUGAUCCAGUUUAGAUCCAAAGAUCCAGUUUAGACCCAGUGAUCCAGUUUAGAUCUGGUUCUGUUGGUUUUUCGGUUUCUCUCUGCUUUUCUCGGUCUUUUUCCCAGCAUCCUUUGUGUUUUUCUGUCCCUGUCGUUCCCUGCUGGUCCCUGCUGACCCUCAGAGCAGCCGGCUCUCUGCUGCCUCAUUAACUAAUGUUUGUGUUGAGUUUUUUCUUAAUGCACAGAAAGUACUGUAUAAAAAGUCAUAUAAAGAAAAAAGUUGUAAAAAAAAUCUAUUUUUUCUUAAACUACUUGAAAAUAAAUGUUUAUGGAGAAAAAUC